ACAUUAGCACACAUGUCUCUCUCUCUCUCUCUUACCUGUUUUAAUUUUCCUGGAUUUAGUUUUGUUCCUUUUUCUCUUCUGCCUUUGCUUCACAACACACAUACCUAUCUCUCUCUCUCUGCGUCUUACUUUGAGCAUGUUUGUUUCUUCAAGAACAUCAUAACUCAACUUCUCUCUCUCUUUCCUCCUCCUUAUAUUCCUCUUCAAAGCUCCUCUUUAACUUCAUCCCUCUCACUUUUUCUUUUCUUUUUGAGAUAUAGAGAGAGAAAUUGAGGAAAAUAAUAUCAAAUCUUUCAGACACCCUUUUGACUUCUUUGCUCAAAGAGAAUCCCUCUUUUAUAUUUUCUCCCCUUUGAGAAAAAUCAUUUUAAAUUCAGAAGCAAAAUCCUCAAGAGAAAUAAACAAAAGAAAACUCAUCACCCACCACCAUCAUCAUCAUCACCUUCAUUCAUCACCAUCAACAACAAUAGCAAGAGAGUUGUCUUAACUAUGUCCAUGGAAGGAGUUUUUCUAGAGAAACCAAAAUCAAACACAACAACAACAACUACCACUCUCCCUGAUCUUUCUCUCAACAUCAGUCUUCCAGAUAUUACUUCAAAAGAACAUUAUAGAAGACCAUCCCAAACCGACAACAACAGAUCAUCAUCAAACUUCGAACUCUCCUUGUCUCAUCACAACAACCCUAGUUCGAAUCCAACCUCAAGAAUCAUCCACUGUCCUGAUCCAAGAAACCUUAAUCUUUCUCAUCAUCAGCAUUACAACAGCCCCAUCCUUAACGGUGGAAGUCUUCUUCAAAGGGUCGAUGAAUCAGAUGUUAAUAAUAUCCACCGUCCGAUUAGAGGCAUCCCAAUCUAUCAGAACCGUUCAUUCCCUUUCCACCAACAAACCUCUUUACCUUCUCUUGGAGGAGACUUGGAUCAAAUCUCAAUAUUAAACUCAUCUUCUGGCUAUAACAACGCUUACCGAUCGUUACAAUCUUCUCCAAGGCUAAGAGGUGUUCCUUUGCAUCAUCAUCAUCAUAAUCACUAUGGAGUCGUUGGAUCUUCAGAGUCUUCUUCACCUCAUCAUCAUGGGAUGAUCAGAUCAAGAUUCUUGCCUAAGAUGCCGACAAAACGGAGCAUGAGAGCUCCUAGGAUGCGUUGGACUAGUAGCCUCCACGCCCGGUUUGUUCACGCCGUUGAGCUUCUAGGCGGCCAUGAAAGAGCAACUCCAAAGUCGGUUCUUGAGCUCAUGGAUGUAAAAGACUUAACAUUAGCUCAUGUGAAGAGCCAUUUACAGAUGUAUCGAACUGUAAAGACCACUAACAAACCUGCUGUUUCAUCAGAUGGGUCAGGAGAAGAAGAAAUUGGCAUAAAUGGAAAUGAAGUUCAUCAUCAAUCAGCGACAGAUCAAAGGGCACAAUCUGACGAUACUUCUCCCCAUCAAGAACUUGACUUUCCUUCCACACAACCUCGUUGGAGUAACUCUUCACGAGAGACAUGGCCAUUAAGUAAUAACUACUCAAACGACAUAGAUACGAUGAUCAGAACGUCAUCAACAUCUGUGAUCUCUCACCAUCAAAGAUCCAUCCUUCAAAAUCAGGAGCAACAAAGAGGGAACGAUCAAACAAAGAGGUGUGGAGAUCUUAGUUGUAACAAUCCAAGUUUGGAGUUUACAUUAGGAAGACCCGAUUGGCACGAGAAAUGA